ACAAACUAAAGUUAUUUUAUUUUCUUCUAUUUUCCGAAAAAUUAAAAGGAUUGAAGAAAGCACAAUGAAGCUAAUUUGGUCCCCAGAAAUGGCCUUAAAAGCUUACAUUGAAACAGUGAAUACAGUCAGCACAAAAAGCUUUCAUUUUUCCGGCGGCGUCGGCGCGGCGGAGGCGGUUUCGGCGAUGGCCGCCGGAUGGGGCGCCAGGCUUGUCGUCGAGGCGUGGUCGCGGGGCAGCACGAUCGCCGUGAGCGUUGGCCUGGCGACGGCGGUGAAGCACACGGGGGGCCGGCAUGUUUGCAUAGUCCCCGACGAAGAGUCGAGGGUCGAUUACGUCGACCGCAUGGCCAGGUCGGGGCACAGGGCCGGCGAAGUGGUGGUGCGCGGGGUGGUGCCGGUGGAAGAAUUUGAAGAGAUUGAUUUUCUCGUGGUGGACGGUAACGGGGAGGAGGAGUUUUCCGGGGCAAAGAAUUUCGGCGAUAGAGGUGCGGUUUUGGUGUGCAAGAAUGCCGGGUCGAGGGCGACAGAGGGCUCGUGGUGGCGGAGAAUGAUCGACCGGAAGUCGAGGAGGGUGGUUAGGUCAAUGUUUUUGCCGGUCGGGACGGGGUUGGAUGUUGCGUACGUUGGCGCGACGAUUCGGGGAGGGAACGGUCGGGGGAGUAGGUGGGUCGAGUGCAUAGAUUCACGAUCUGGCGAAGUGUUUGUAAUCCGGAAGUGAGUUGAAAAUUUCCGUGUAAAGAAACGAUUAAAUAGUUCGUGCAGAGCUCAGACCGUGACCGUGCUUAUUUUUGUCACCUCUACUACAUCGACAUUAAAUCAUAGAUGUU